AUGCUCGCGUUUCGAUCCAAGCCUUGUAGGGAAACAGCGACCCUCGCACUCGUCCACUUCAAGCACUUGUUCUUCAACUUCACGCGCGCCGGGAACACUCGCUGCCCUCCACGCGCCGCCUUCGGGAUUUCGAGAGGCUACAACGUUGUUGCCUCCUUGGGGGACCCGCCCGAGGUCUGGUCCGGCGGCGGGAUUGUCGUUCGUCCCGCGAAUUCCAACUUUGAAGUCGCCGGUGGCGCCCCCAACUCUGGUGAUUCGAAAGAAGGGUGUUGGGGUGGCUCCAAUUUGGGGACCAAUUUCCCAACGCCGAAGGAGAUUUGCAAAGGGCUCGACAAAUUUGUUAUUGGACAAGAGAGGGCCAAGAAGGUGUUUAUUGGUCACUUCUUUUUCGGCACUUUUGUUUCUAUGGGUUUUGAUGUUGUUGUGGUGCUUUCUGUGGCGGUUUAUAAUCACUAUAAGAGGAUAUCUAAUGAGUCUUCUUUUCCCAAGUGGCCUGCAGGAGAUUCGGAUGAUAAUGUGAAGGCUGAGGCUGUUGAAAUUGAUAAAGUUGAACUUGAGAAAAGCAAUAUCCUUCUAAUGGGGCCAACAGGAUCAGGUAAAUCAGCAGGUUAUGUCGGAGAGGAUGUGGAAUCCAUAUUAUACAAGCUCCUUAUGGUUGCAGAUUAUAAUGUUGCAGCUGCACAGCAAGGCAUUGUUUACAUCGAUGAAGUUGACAAGAUUACCAAAAAGGCAGAGAGCCUUAAUAUCAGUAGAGAUGUUUCUGGUGAAGGUGUUCAGCAGGCAUUACUAAAGAUGCUUGAGGGAACGAUUGUUAAUGUUCCUGAGAAGGGAGCCCGAAAGCAUCCCAGAGGUGACAAUAUUCAGAUUGACACAAAGAAUAUACUUUUCAUUUGUGGAGGAGCCUUCGUUGACUUAGAGAAAACAAUCUCAGAAAGGCAUCACGAUUCUUCUAUUGGAUUUGGGGCACCUAUACGUGCAAACAUGAGGACCGGUAAAGUCACAGAAGCUGCCGUUGCAUCAUCUUUAUUAGAAACUGUUGAAAGUAGUGAUCUUAUUGCCUACGGUUUAAUACCUGAAUUUGUUGGGCGGUUUCCUAUCCUUGUCAGUUUGGCAGCUUUAACUGAAAAUCAACUCAUUCAGAACAUUUGUACCUGUAAUGCUUUUCUCAUUUGGUUGUGUUCGCAACUGAAUGAUGUAUGUAUUGUUAGAAAAAGAGGCCAAGAUCAAGAGGAG